CAAACUCAAGGUUUAAGGGCUAGUUUGACAUUUUUGUUUGACCGUCCCGGUACUGUUGCGUCAAGAAUAAAGGAAUCCGCUGAACACGCUCUAGAGGUAUAGCUUUUGUGUUCAAAGGGAACAAAACGCAGUGAAAACUAGGUGGCAGAUAUGAUAAAUGUACUUGCAUGUUCGUACAAGAUUUAUGUUGACCUAAUUUUAGGACGACAGUAUCUACUUGUACACGCAUAAUGGUUUGCGGUGUUAUAGUCUACAGCGCAUUUCGUUCGAACAUCUAGGCUGAGACUUUCGGUAAGGGCACCCUUUUUAUAUUCUAUGGUUCUCAUUUUCGACCGACCUACUUUGGGCUCCCGAUCUCGGAAAAAAAGUCCCCCCCCGCCGACCCUGCUAAAAAGACCUAAACCCAAAAUAAAAAUCUGUAGGGGAAAAAUUGGCCAGCAUGACCUUUGAAAACAAAAGCGUUGAAAACUUGCGAUUUUGCAAACGACCAUACAGCGACGGUCGACGUUCGCGUGAACAUUCGGUAUUCCACACCUUUCCGUGGCCCACUGAGGUUCGUGCAUAACCCUACACUAGCAACAUGGAUUUUUUUUAAAAGGAUUUUCUUUUCGACCGACUGACCUUAUCUCAAGUGGUAAAAGAAAUGAGAACCAUAAAAUUUAAUAAGGGCGCCCUAAUGAAUUGGCCUCUCAUUAUUACCAUAUUAGCAAAUUAAAAGAGCACCGAGACAUGAAAGAGCAAGCCAUUUCGAAUGAGAAUGAGAUAACAGUGCGUUUUCUCCUCCAAAGGUUGAAAAGACUUUUAAAUAUUUGAACAAAAAUUAACUGCAUGCACGGGCAUGUAUUAUAACUUUGGGUAAGAGCAAUGACAACAUUGCUUCGUCGGUGUCCCACAGAUCAAUGUCGUGAACUGAUUCAAAAGUUCAUGGUCGAUUGUUCCUAUUGUCAAUUACAAACUAUGACGUAUUGUUAUUGAUCUGCUGGGACCGGUUGCAUUCAACACAAUUUCGCCAUUACUUUUUAGAUGGAUUUUUGUUUUUAUUAAAUCAAUUUAUUGUGACUAUUACGUUUGUUUUAAUACACAGCCAUGACUACCGACAUUAAAUGAUGUUUGGAAAACUUUGCCGUUAACACAUGAUGAAUAAAGCCACAUUUUGCUCAAAAAGUGACGUGUAUACAUUACCAUGGUGAAGCAUGGUGCUACUCUCAGGUUUGACAAUAUCCACCUCUCUGUGAAGAAUUCCACCAUACUCCAUGACGUCAGCGGUAAGGCAGAACCUGGCAAACUCCUGGCCCUUCUUGGUCCUAGCGGUUCCGGGAAAACUACCCUCCUGCACGUGAUAUCAGGACGUGUAGUGACUCAAAACUUCGGUACCGUGAGACUGAAUGAUGCACCCUUAACCAAAGCACAACGGCGCAAAAUCGCACUGGUUCUCCAAGAUGAUAUCUUCUUUGCUAACUUGACUCUGAGAGAGACGCUGCUGUUCACAGCGAGGCUUCGCCUUCCGUCGAGCAUGCCUUAUAAGGCAAAGAUCGAACGCGUAAAUGAAAUAGUAGACACGUUGGACCUCAACAAAUGUCUGGACACAAGAAUUGGUGACUAUCUCCAUCGUGGUGUUUCUGGUGGGGAAAAGAAGCGAGCUAACAUCGCCUGUGAGCUGCUCACAGACCCAGCUGUGCUAAUUCUUGAUGAACCAACGUCAGGGCUAGACUCCACAACAUCGUUGCAGUUGGUACGAAAUCUGAAGACAUAUGCAGAAAAGACACAUAAAACAGUCGUUAUGUCAAUCCACCAACCUUCCAGUCAGAUAUUCCACCUGUUUGAUCGCCUCAUGCUAUUGGCUGAGGGACAGGUAAUUUACUUUGGAGAAGCAAAUCAAGCUUUGAACUAUUUUGCGAGUUUGGGUCUACAUUGUGAGCCUAACUUCAAUCCUGCUGAUUUUCUGAUGGAUAAAGCAAAAGGCAACGAAGACGAGAUGUCCAUUCUCUUUGAAGCUGCAAAACAGAAGUCAUGGAGUGUAGUAAGGCUGACGUCACGAGGCUCACAAACUCCUGAUUGGAGAAGACCUCCUCAAUCGGACCAAUCGCAAUUGGAUCAUAAUGACACACCACUGGACGAAUAUUACCACAUUGGAAUAAGACACCACCAUUCCGUUCCACCGACUCAGCGCAUCAGACCUGUACGUCAUUCAAGCCCUAAUUUUUCACAAAUAACGACUUCAACCGGAAAAUCCAUCAGCUUUUCCCGUUUGCCGUCGAUAAAUGCCCCCAGACCUUUGAGUCCUAAAAGUCUUAAUCAGAGUCCUUCACCUGAGCACUCGUCAACAAGACGUCCCAGGGCAACGAGUCAGGUGUCAUCUAGCUCUGACGUGGGCCGCAGAGAGCGGAGAAAUACGGUAGUAACAAUCUCAGGAGUAUUUGGUGGCUAUCACAGUGGUGUCAUGUCAGAGUUGUCAUUUCCAGACUCGCAUCGGCCACCAAGAUUUCGCCUAAAACCACUUCGGUCUAGAAGGGUCAGCACAUCUUCAAGAAACGAGGAAUCAGAUGCUUCACCAAAAUGGCCAACUACAUUCUUCGAUCAACUCCACACCUUGACUCAGCGCAACUUCAAACAGUCACGUGAUAUCUUCCUCUCUAAGUUUCUCAUUGUUAAGAAUGUCUUGUUGGCUGUGGUUGUUGGUUUGCUUUGGUUUCAGAUGAGCCAUGAUGAGGUGAGGAUCAACGAUAUCCGAGGUUAUUUCUUUUUUGGUUUGGUCUACUGGGGCUUUGAAUCAAUGUUCCUGGUAAUGAAUGCCUUUCCUGCAGAACGAACUGUAGUGAAUAAGGAGCGUUUAUCAGGAGCGUAUCGUUUGUCUGCAUACUAUCUGGCUAAGAUGCUGAGUGAGUUACCACUGACUCUCAUCAUGCCAAGUAUCUACUUCAUCAUCACUUACUGGAUGGCAGGUCUUAAUGCUAAUCCUCAAGCGUUCAUUGCUUCAUGGUGUGCCAUGCUGGUCAACGUUUUGGUUGGUGAGUCGAUCGGGUUGGCCAUUAGUGCAUAUGCACCGUCCAUCCAAGAGGCAGUGGUCAUCGUAUCGGUGUAUAUGCUGACUACUCUCAUACUAGGAGGUUUCUACAUUGAGCAACUACCACCAUGGUUGGAGUGGACGAGUUAUCUGUCGUACACGUUUUACUUCUUUACACUUCAGAUGCAAUUCGAGUUUGGCUUGAACGGAGAGCCACUCAAAUGCCGAGAGGUAAACAGUGUUUUUGAAGCUUGUCAUCAAAGUCCCAACGUGACAUAUGUAGACAGCGUCGAGGUACUAGACCAAAUCAAACUGCUUCCAUUGUCGUUGGCGUCGAUUUGUGGAAUAGUAGUGGGGUUCUUCGUGUUCUUCCGAUUGUUAGGAUACAUCAUUCUUCGCUUUAUUCGAACGCCUGUUUAAAGUUUACAAAUGAUAGAAACUUAAUUAAUUUAUUAGUCAAUCAUGCCUCCUGACCCACUUGCUUUUGUGAUGCGGUCGAUUCACAAUGGUGUUCCUCCAAGAGUUUGCAACGCACUGGCUGAUCACAAUGCGCGAAAUCUGCCAACCAUUUCCAAACGCACAUUAAGGCCGUUUUCCAAUACUCAUCAAUUCGUCUCCGUCUGAGGCUAAGUUCCCAAAACCAAUCCCCGACUGUGGGCCUGGAGCGUUUAAAUUACAUUGGAUUACUGUAAUGGCUUUCUUGCAUC